UCUUCGCUGUUCGCUUCGACCAUGUUUGCGCAGCCUGCAGCCGUAUCGCCGUCAGCCGGCGCCUCUUCGUCCACCACCGCAGCAGCAUCAUCGUCCAGCCGCGAGCUCGAGUUUGUCGUCGAUGCCGCCGCGUCCAUCGACUUGAAACUUGUCCAAACGGAGCGGGACAUGACCAAUCCCGCACUCACCUUCCAUCCCGAGUUUGCCCACCAGCUGUUUGGCGACAACGAGCGCAUCUUUGGCUAUCGCAAUCUGAACAUCAAGCUCUUUUACACUGCCAGCGCAAUGCACCCGCUGUUCUCCAUGACGUACUCUGAGAAGGUCGUAAAGCGAAAGGGCGAGGCCGGCGCAGACGAUGUUGUCAAACUGAUCGGCGACAUCCUCCCCGAAAACCAUGCUCGCGACGAGGCAACAUUCAAGCAGCGCUUGAGCGAGGACGCGGCGUUCGUGCCAAUGGGCGAGCUCAUCUCAUCCUACCAGCGCGAGGGCGACGACAGCACGUUCGAAGUGUACCGCGCAGAUUGCUCGACACAGCGAUUGGCAGAGUUCCACACCCGCAUUCAGACCUUCCUGAUGUGGUUUGUCGAUGGCGCGUCGUUCAUCGAUUUGAACGACAACAAGUGGACGGUGUUUUUGGUCUUCAAACGAGUUGCCAACGUGAGCGCCGAUGGCUCCAAUCCAACCCGACACUUGUUUGUUGGCUACAUGACAACGUACGACUUUUUCGCCUACCCCGACCGUCUCCGGCCACGCAUCAGCCAGGUUUUGGUUUUGCCCCCGUACCAAAAGCAAGGACACGGUCGCGAGAUGCUCCAAGCGUUCUACCGCGUGGCGCGCAGUCGUGCCGAGGUUUGGGACGUUUCGGUGGAGGAUCCGGGUCUCGCCUUUGCCACUCUUCGCGAUCGCAUUGACGCUCGAAAUUGCCUGUCCGAGCUUCCCGAGCUGUAUGAAUCUCUGCCGGACGACCUGUCCGAGGAUAUUGUCUCCCAGACGCAGCAAAAGCUCAAGCUGAACAAGAAACAAAUUCGUCACAUUUUUGAGCUGUUGAAGCUCAACCAAAUUGACCGCAAUGACGAGGCGCAGUACAAAAAGUACCGUUUGAUGAUCAAGAAGCGUCUCCACCGUCAAUACAACACCGAUCUUGUUCAGCUCGAAAUGGCCGCCGACCGCAUCAAGGUGCUCGACAAGCUGUACACCGAGAUCGAGCAGUACUACACUGACAUUUUGAGGGCAUUGUAGAAAAACAAUGUUGCCGGACGAGUGAACGUUUUUUGUGAAGCCUAUAUCGAACAACAACAACAAAACUAAAUCCUACAUUUACUUUCAUCUUGUCGAAUAACAACAGCAUGCUCC